CCUCAUCACCUCCUUCACUCGGGUUUUCAUCAGGCCGACGCUGCGGACUCCUGACGGACGUUCAGCUCCCUGAACAACAUGACUCUCCUCCUGCACCUCCUCUUGCUCCUCUGCGGCCUCCUGCCGCGCGCCGCCCCGCAGCGCGUCCACGCCCGCUCCUCGCAAAUAUCCGACCUGAAAUCGAAAAUCUCGGGGGUGGAGGAGCUCCUGGAGGAGUUCCGUAAGCAGCUCCAGCAGGAGCAGGCGUUCGCCAGGGCGGGAGAGGAGGCGGAGGACGUGUGCGUGGGAGACUUCAGCGCCUCCGCGGAGCGCAUCAUCCGCGCCAGGGCCUCCAUCGAGCAGGGCGCCGCCUUCCUGUCGGCCCCGCAGCGCGUCUACACCUGGCGGGAGUGCGUGCACGCGUGCUGCGCGGAGCCGCACUGCACGGUGGCGGUGGUGCAGCUGCGCGCGCGCCGGCCCGGGGACGGUCUGAGCUGCUACCUGUUCAAGUGCACCUACCGGAGCGCAAACGUCUGCGCGUUCGCGCCGCAGCCCGGCUUCAGCACCUACAGCCGCGCGCCCACCAACUCCACGCACGGACCCGCCACCGUCAGGAGGCCCGCGGAGGAAGCUGACGACGAGGAGGAGGAGGCGCGAGACUUGGACGAGCCUCCUCGCAGCGACGCGGGACAGGAUGUGGUGAUCCAGCUGCCCACAGACUGGGCGGUGCUGGACGGACGGGACAGCGUGGACGACCACGGCAUCAGCCGCUAUGAGUGGACCCUCGUCAAGGGCGACACAGCCGUCAACAUGAAGGACACCCAUCCAGGGCUGUUGAAGGUCGCCGAUCUCCAGGAAGGCAUCUACACCUUCCAGAUGACUGUUACCGACACAGUGGGUCAGAAGAGUUCUGACAAUGUUUCUGUCACUGUGGUGGCACCAAAACACCAAGCAGAAGUGUGUACAGGUCACUGCUCAAACUAUCAGUUCCAGUGUGACGACGGUUGCUGUGUUGACAUCACCUACGCCUGUGACGGGAAGCAACACUGUCCAGACCGCUCAGACGAAGACUUCUGUCCAAACUUCGACAGCAGGCGCAAGUCAGUGACCCACCCUGAUGAUCUACACAGACCUCAUCAGCCCGAGGACACAGAAGAAGAGGCUGAUGCCUCCAUGCUCCAGGCUGGAUCCAGAAAGACCGCGGAGAGCAUCGGUUCAGCUCCUGCUCAGUCUCAGGACGGGACAAAGUCGGCUCCUCCUCCUGCACGAGCUCAGCAAAAGGUCUCAGACAGUCAAGAUCUGUGUGUAGCGUCUCCAGUUGUCGGACCAUGUAAAGGCACCUUCCCGCGCUGGUACUACGACCGCGAAGCAGGACUGUGCAAACACUUCCUGUAUGGCGGUUGCCAGGGCAACCACAACAAUUUCCUCCAGGAAGUUGAUUGUGUCGCUGAAUGUAUACAAAAAGGUGCAGACUUAAAUCCAGCAACUGUGGCCCCUCCCAUCACCAGACAGACAGAGACCGUUGCUCCUGAAGCUUCCCAGAGCCAAUCCCGGAAUGGCGUCACCAUCAGCAAAUCUUUUCCAUCAAUGGGAGGACAUCCCAUCCCAGAGUCAGGUGCGAUUCUUCCACUGGCGCUGGGCCUCAUCAUCACCGCUCUCCUCCUCCUCAUGAUUGGCUGCCGCCUCCGACUCGUCCGCCACAGGCUGAAGAAAGCCCGACCCCUGACCACGGAGGAGUCUGAUUACCUCAUCAACGGCAUGUACCUGUAGCCUCUCAGGUGGGGGGGGUGCACGUGUCACCAGAUGAGGGGCCGCCUGAACCAGGCGUCGUCACCAGAGCUGGGACGUUUCCUGUUUGCACCGUGCUGUACUUGCAGUCCACUUUUUUAAAAUGUGUCCUCAUGUCAGGUUGGAACCUCUUCUUCUUUAUGUUCACCCCCCAAAAAAUCUGCUGCUGAUAACAGACGCUGCCUUCAAAGCCAUACACCGAUCCCUGUACUUUUAAAGUUAUAUAGUUUUAGGAAACACUUUUUUUUAGCUUGUGACGGCAGAUUUAGCACUUAAAAGUCAAUAUUGAAAUAUUUGUUUAAUCAGACUUUUUUCUCUUAAUCAUACAUCUUUCUCUUUUUCUGAUGUCCUUGAUUCCACAUACGUAUAUAACUUUUUGUUCUAUUAAAUAUUUGAAUUGUA